AUGACUAGCGAUCGACAAAGAUUACAACCAUUCCAUGAUGUUGGACCUGGUGUUUCUUCACCAUACAACUCAACAAUCCAUAUUUAUAGUGAAGGAAAUUUGAGUGACAAAAAUUUUUCAUUCACACAAGCAACACCGUACAACUCUGAUCAUCUAACCAAUGAUCACUUGCUUUUACAUACUACUGAUGAUGGUGCAUCAUGUUCUACUUCCUUACAAGGAAAUUAUUCAAUCUCGAAUAAUAAUACCUCUUUAUCAAUAGCAUCAACAAGUCAGGCACAUGUUGCAUAUGGAUUUCCCUUCGAUGAAAAUGUCAAUAACAAUACUUGCUUUGAGACUAACACCACACAUGGACCAAUUGCUUAUCAAAGCCUAUUGCUUGGCCAAUCUGAAUACCAAAAAAAACGAAAAAGGGAAACAUGCGAGUAUGUUGACUUUGGUGAUAAGACUUUUACAUGUCGCCAUUGUAAUGCGCUUUUUUGGCUCCAAGAACGUCUUGCACGUUCAUCCAAAAAGAAUCCAUCUUUCUCACUUUGUUGCCUUAAUGGUCGAGUUUCCCUUCCAGCUAUGCAACCAACUCCUUCAAUUCUUGAUUUUCUUCUUGAUCCCAGCAAUGGCUCUGCCUCAAAAAAAUUUCGGGACAAUAUACGAGCUUAUAACUCUAUGUUUGCUUUCACUUCAAUGGGCGCAAAGAUUGAUACUUCUGUUAAUGAUCAACCAGCUCCAUAUGUGUUCAAGAUAAGCGGUCAUUGUCAUCAUUUAAUGGGCUCUCUCUUACCUGUUGAUGGAGAAUCACCAAAGUUUGCACAGCUCUAUGUGUUUGACACUGCUCACGAAGUUGCAAAUAGACUUUUACCAUUUACAAAAGACUCCAAAUCAUCAUCUCUAGAUGAGAAUAUUGUUGUGGAUCUUUUAAGAAUGCUUGAUGAAACGAACGAGCUUGCCAAAUUAUUCCGCAAAGCUAGAGACAAAACUCAAAAUAUUCACUCUGUUGAUUAUAAACUUCGCUUACUUGGAAAGCGAAACCAUGAUUCACGCCAAUAUGAUGAUCCUACAUCAAAUGACAUUGGUGGAUUAGUUGUCGGAGAUAUUGGAGAUUUUUUCUCGGAACGAGAUAUAAUUAUUGAAUGCUUUUCAGGUUCUUUAAAAAGGAUCUCAAAAUUACAUCCAAAAUUCAUGGCAUUACAGUAUCCUCUUUUGUUUCCUUAUGGUGAAGAUGGCUACUCCUGUAAUAUUAUGUUUGUUGAUCAUGGACAUGAAAAAACAAGGAAAAGGUCAAGAGUUCCGAUGCGAGCUUAUUAUGCUUACCUUAUCAAUGAAAGGCCUGGGUGCGAUAAUACCAUCAUUAAAGGAGGUCGUUUGUACCAACAAUUCUUGGUCGAUGCAUUUGUUAAUGUUGAAGAAGAUCGUCUUGAUUAUAUCAGAGCUAAUCAAAAAGAUUUACGUACAGAAGUUUAUAAAGGUAUCCAUGAAGCUGUGCUUAAUGGGGAUGUUGAAGGUUUCUCAGCUGGGAAAAUCAUUGUUCCAUCUUCUUUAACUGGUAGCCCACGUUAUAUGAUCAAUAAUUACCAGGAUGCAAUGGCUAUUUGUAGAGCCUAUGGAAAUCCUGACCUGUUUAUUACAUUCACAUGUAAUGUUAAUUGGCCGGAGAUACGAAGGGAGCUUACAAAAGGUCGAAUUUACAAGCAUGAAGACAAGCCUGAUAUCAUUACACGUGUUUUUAGAUCGAAGGUUAUUGAUAUGUUAGCCUUCAUAAAAUCAGGCAAGCCUUUUGGUCAGAUAAUUGCAGAUGUUUGUGCAAUUGAAUUUCAAAAGAGGGGUUUGCCACACACUCAUAUAUUGAUUUGGCUACACUCGAAUUUUAAAUGUCGUACACCUGAAGAUGUUGAUUCCAUUGUUUCAGCUGAAAUCCCUAACAAAUUUACAGAUCCAAAAUGCUAUGAAAUUGUUUCAAGAUUCAUGAUACAUGGUCCGUGUGGUCUUGCAAAUCCAAAAUCUCAGUGUAUGAACGAGGGAAUUUGCUCAAAAAGAUUCCCAAAAAAAUUCAAGACACAAACUGUUUUUGAUGAUAAUGGCUUUGUUUAUUACAGACGUCGUGAUCUUAAAGAUAAUUUUGUUAUAAAAAAUGGCAUUCAGCUCAAUAACAGAUAUGUUGUUCCAUAUAAUAGGGAACUCUUAUUACGAUACAAUGCCCAUAUAAAUAUUGAGAUAUGUUGUCAGUCAAUGUUAAUUAAGUAUCUUUUUAAGUACGUAAGCAAGGGCUCUGACAGAUGUAGAGUUGUUGUUGAAAAAGAUCAUGCUGAUGAGAUCCAUGCGUAUAUGAAUUGUCGUUUUAUAUGCCCAUAUGAAGCGGUCUGGCGUCUUCUACAAUUUCCAAUACAUUCAAGAUCACCUCCUGUUGAACGACUUCAAAUCCAUUUGCCAUUGCAUCAAAAUGUAGUUUACUCAGGAAAUGAAAGUCUACCAUCAGUACUUCAAAAACCAGGUAUUGAAAAAACAAUGCUCACAGAAUGGUUCACACGUAAUAGAAUUGAUCAUGAAGCACGUCAGCUUUACUACUCAGAAUUUCCACAUAAAUAUAUUUGGGAUCCUGGUAAAAAAGAAUGGAUUCCAAGAUCAAAAGGUUUUAGUCUUGGUCGAUUAACAUAUGUUCACCCUGCUUCAGGAGAGCUCUAUUUUCUAAGACUACUCCUUAACCAUGUAAGAGGAGCAUUGAGCUUUGAUUAUCUAAAAAAUGUUUCGGGUGUUGUGCAUCCAACAUUUCAACUUGCUUGCAAGACCUUGGGACUUUUAGGGGAUGAUAAAGAAUGGGAAGACGUCUUUUGUGAGGCCAUGGCUACUGCAACAUCUCCUCAAAUUAGGAAUCUCUUUGUCAGUGUUGUUCUUUUCUGUGAUGUUGCUGAUCCAGAAGUUUUGUUCAAUAAAUUCUGGCGCUCAAUGUAUGAUGAUAUUAUCACCCGUUUCAAGUCCAGCUUUGCCAUGCCUAAUCUUAAAUUAUUCGAUGAUGAGCUUAAAAACUAUGUUCUAUAUGAGCUUGAGCUUCUCUUCAAUGUUGCUGGCACAUCUCUUGAAAAACACAAGCUUCCAAUGCCUGAUGGGCGUUUAUUGUCAGAAAUAAAGAAUAAACUUUUGAGAGAAGAGCUUAACUACGAUAUUGCAGAUCUUAUAUGUCAGCAUUCAUCAGCUUUCCCACAACUCAAUCAAUGUCAGCUAAAUGUUUAUGAUUGUGUUGUUAAAUCUAUCCUUGAAAAAAGACAAGAAUUAAUUUUUGUUCAUGGCCAUGGAGGAACUGGGAAAACAUUUUUGUGGCAUACAAUAAUUAAUCGGUUGAGAUCAGAUGGUUUGAUUGUCCUUGCUGUUGCAUCAUCGGGUAUCGCAUCACUUUUGCUUCCUGGUGGCCGCACAGCUCAUUCAAGAUUUAAGAUCCCCCUUACUGUUUCUGAUACUUCAUCGUGCGAGAUUAAAAAAAAAACUGAUCUUGCACGACUUCUAGAAAUGACCUCUCUAAUUGUAUGGGAUGAGGCUCCAAUGAAUAAUCGGUGUUGCUUUGAAGCAUUGGACCGAUCACUUCGUGAUGUCCUGGCAAAUGGUAACGACUUGCCCAAUGAUAAACCAUUCGGUGGGAAAUCAAUUUUGUUAGGAGGAGAUUUCAGACAGAUUUUACCUGUUAUUCCCGGAGGAACAAAGGAAGACAUUGUUCAUGCAUCUCUUUGCAGCUCUGUUUUGUGGUCUAAAUUUAAAGUUCUCACUCUUACAGAGAAUAUGAGGCUAUCAUCCAAUGGACUUUCAAACGAUCAAAAGAAAGAACUUGCUAUUUUUGCCAACUGGAUUCUUGCAAUUGGUGAUGGAACUCAACAUGAUGCUUUAUUCCCUGAUGAUUCUGAUGCAUCCAUGAUUAAAAUACCACAAGAUCUUUUGCUUGAACCUGGAUCUAACCCCAUAUUAGCAAUUGUUUCAGCAGUGUAUCCCUCUAUUCGUGAUAUCAAUAUUGAUCCAUGCUAUUUUAGAGAGAGAGCAAUUGUAACUCCAAGAAAUGCUACAGUUUUUGAAAUCAACGAUUUUAUCUUGAACAUGUUGCCAGGAAUGAAGCGGAUUUACCUAAGUACUGAUAUUGUUUGCAAAACAUCGAGCGAUGGUGAUAAUGCAGAGAUUUUGUAUCCCGUUGAAUUUAUCAAUCAACUUGAGUUCAAUGGAGUGCCAUCCCACACAAUUUCCUUGAGAAUUGGCACACCAAUAAUGCUUUUACGCAAUCUUAAUUUAUCAGCUGGUUUAUGUAACGGAACAAGACUUAUUGUUACGCAACUUGCUGAGAGGGUCAUAGAAGCUCAAAUAAUAACAGGGUCUUUUAUUGGCAAUCGUGUAUUUAUUCCAAGGAUUGUUUUUCCAAUAAAUGAUCCAAAAUGUCCAUUCACAAUUAAACGAAGACAAUUUCCUAUAAGACCGUGUUAUGCUAUGACAAUAAAUAAAAGUCAAGGACAAUCGUUGAAAGUCGUUGGGGUUUUUCUCAAGGAUCAAGUUUUCACUCAUGGACAAUUGUAUGUUGCUCUUUCACGAGUUACAUCAAGACACGGACUAAAGAUUGUCACAUGCGAUGCUGAAGGAAAUCAUUCAAUCUAUGUGAAAAACAUUGUGUAUAAAGAUGUUCUUCGCUCUCUAUCAGUGUCUUGA